AUGGAGGCAUUCAUCAUAUCAUAAUUAUUUAUCCCAUUAUUUUUAUUCAGUUAUGUUGAAAAAUUAGCAAAGUCACAGAAAAUUUCAGUUUAGAAAGAUGUUCACAGUUUUGCGAUUUGUUAAAGCAUGUCCCAAAAUUGGGUUUCAAACUUGUCAUCAAGGCGAGAGUCAUUCUCAAAGACAUCGGCUCCCAUUGAAAUCAGAUAGUUUAUUACAUAAUGGGUCGACUUUUUUUAAGAAGACCGGAGAUGACAACAAAACCAUUGAUAUAAAGAUAGUCACGUCUAAGAGUAAAAGAAAAAGGAUGAUGAGCCCGACUCCACCUAUCGACGACAAUGAUGCGGAAGCCUCUUCCGGAUGGGUUAAGCAACCAUGCUCUAGAGAUAAAAGUUCUUUUGAAAUGUUCAUAAAGAAGCACACAAGCGAAACAAACAAUAGAUUGUCCAAUACUGUUAAUACAAAGCAGUCAGCACUAUAUCAAGAGGAGUGUACCUCCAAGAAUGAGGAGACCAUCCCUAGUGAAAAGGAAAAGGACUCUAAAGUGAAUGAGAACUCCUCCGAUGAGGAGAAUGCCGAUUUAUUGAUUGGCUUUAGUGAAACAAAACUAAGUGCCAAUAAGAAAGCGGCGGUCUCCAAUGAAGUUCCCCGUAAAAAACGGUCUGUUUCCAGACAAAUAGCGACUGCCAGCAUUAACGAAGAGACUAGCUCUCUUGAGUACCCAAAUCUAUCCACUGAGAAAGCAUUUACUCGCCGAAAGCAAAACGCCUCUUGUAAACAAAAUGUAUUGGCAGAUAAAGAAAUUAGUAGUGACAGUGAAGAGCCCACUGCCGUCAGAAAAACUUUUAAUCAAUCUAAUGAGAACUCCGCUGGAUUAGAAGAGACUGCACUCAGUGAGAGCUCAGCUAGUGAGGGUUGGAUUCGCUUAUGUGUAAGUUUGACAUCUUUCAAUAAUCAAAAUUUUCCGACACAUCAUAUGAACGCUGGCUACAUAAAUAUGCCCGCCGAAAAUAACAUAGAGACUAUUUCAUCUUCUCAAAAUCCGACGUCGAAUAGAGAGAAAAGUACAGCUAAUAAGCUUUCAGAUUCCUGCCCGAAAGAUCAGUAUUCUUCCUGUGAGAAUCUUUCAUAUUUGUGUGACCACCCGAUAGCUUAUAAAAAAAGGACUGGCUACUCAAUCGGCUCGCCCAUUGUUGAGCCGAGAGUCUCUUAUGACAGAUGCAGUGAGGUAAGGCAGACUGUCUCCAGUACGAAAGAAUCCGGUAGGACACAACCAAUCUCGAGUCAAUCUAGUAACGCACCGACGACCCAUAAUAAAAACGAGAUUGUCUUCAGUACAUCUACGUCAUGUGAAAAUCCCAUCUAUAAGACAGAAAUAUCAUGUCAAACAGAUAGUAACGUUAACAAAAGUGAGAAUCAGAUCGAAGACAAUUCGACCACGUCGAAUGAUAUGAAGACUACUACUAUGCAAAAACCAUUAGGGUUCAGCAGAAAACUGAUUGUCUUGUGUGAAAAGGUAUCCGGAUUCUGUGGAAAGCUAAUGAUUUCAAGCAAGAAACCUAGUGGCAAGGCCUAACAAUGAAACACAAAUAUUAAUAAAUACAAUAAAGUCU